CCUACCUGUCGGAAGAAAUGGAGGGUCCCGAUUCCGGAACCCUCUGUCCCUUUCUCCUCAUUAUCUUUCCUCUUCUUCCUCACUAGACAAUAUAUGUAUCCAAGUUCAUCUCUGGUGUAUCUGGAUUUGGGAAUGAAUGAAUCGAUUUUUAUAAUUUCAAUGUUAGAGGGUUGGUUCAAAUUGGUUGUCAAACUCUGAUUAUGUGCCAUUCUUUGACCUAAUGAUUGUUCAAGAGCAUUAACGUACAUUCUCAGUGAAAGCAGCUUCUCUCAACACUAAUAUUGAAGUGCGCAUAGCCUAGAGAUGCAUUUACAUCUUCCUGCUGAAGAAGAUGAGGUGAUCACUGAAGGGGUUCCUUAGCUUGCAGUUAUUGAACAGGUCAUGAGAUCCUUCUAGGCACCAAAUGUUACACUUCAUUGUCAUUGGCUCACUGCAGUAACUGCAUUCUUUCCAGAUGGUGGAUCUGUUCUAUAUUCCAUUGCUAAAUCUUGUGUUCAUGUUUGAUUCGAUUACCAGAUUUUGACCAAAAAAAUUAUCUGCUCAGAGAACAUAGAUCAGUGGAAUAAAUUUUCCUUGUAUUGCAGACCAGUCAGUCUGACCUAUUCCUUUCAUUCCUGAAGCAUCACACUGGCAACUAUUUAAAUUGCAAUCACCUUUUUUUUGUGACUGAAGGAAUUUGGAAAUGUCGAAUCUGCUGUUGGACCUACCAAAGUGGAAGUGUAUGUAUUGAUCAUAGUCAGAAUCUUAAAGGGCACUUGCAUAUGCUGAUGAAUGACAAAAAUGUAAAUCAACGGAAGCCAUGUUUCAUUUAUAAAACUGAAGGAAGCAGAUUCAGUGAUGAAUAUUCUGGUCCUGAGCAAAAUCCUGGAGACGACAGAUUGAAUGUCACUGUGCAGAAUUGUAGUAUCCAAAAGAGUUUGAGCAUUGUGAUUAAUGGUAAACAUGAGGAAAGUCCGAAGGAUGAUGUCUUGUCUGCUUCCAGUCUUUGGCCUUCUGAAAUUUCACCUGAAGAGCAUAAAACAAGUUACGAGUCUUCUGACAAUAAAGCAAUAAGCAUUUCAGAUGGCAACCUCAUAGAAGAGAGUGACCUGGAAGUAUCAGAAUUAGAUGUUGAGAGAGUACUCGAGAAGCAGAAUACACAUGACCUGUACUGUCCUAAUUGUAAUUCUUGUAUUACCCGAAGGGUUAUUCUUCGUAAAAGAAAACGCAAACUUCGAAUUUCUAGUGAGGACACAAAGCGUAACAAGUUGGAAACCGCAUCGAACGCUCGAGUGGAAGAUAUUUCUGCACAUGCAGCCAAUAAUCAAGGUCUUAAUGCAGUUGAUGUUUGUUUGGAUGGAAGCCUGACACCUGCAGCGAAUGACCCUGGCCCUGACAGAGAGCCAGAGAUAUUCAGAUGCUUAUCAUGCUUUAGUUUUUUCAUCCCCGCAGGGAGUGGCUUCAAACUUUUCAGGAUAUUUGGAGAUAAAAGUGACAAGAAGAGUGUGCAAGACUCUCAACAGAUACUGACAAAGAGCAAAAACUGGUUUCCCUCUGUUUUCACAUCAGACAAGAGGAAAAUGUUGAUGGAUCAAGGAAGUGGUCUUGGGGCCAAUGAGGGAGAAAACAAUGUUGGUGCACAUAUUCCUUCUUCUAAUUUGAAUGGCCAGAAUGGUCAAGCGUCAUUAGUACCAGAAGCUCCCUCAACUGCUCACUUGAUAAUUGUUGAGGCACUGGUGGAAAGAUCCACUAAACAUUAUGAAAGUAGAGAUGAAAUUUUACCUCCUUCAUCUCAAGGACCCACAGAGCUUGGAAAAGUGGUGGUCGAUGAGGGAGAGAAGUUAGAUGAUGCAGUGAAAAUGAACACAGGAGGAGCUGUAAACGCUGUUGAUAAAUUGGACGCAUCAAGCAUUUCUGAUGAAGUGCUACUCAAUCAUGGAAGUGGUCAACCAUCGACAACACUUGCUGGUAGAACCCCAGUUAAUAAUGGAGAAUCUACAGAAAAUGCUAUGUUGAUACCUCAACAGGAUGGACUAAAGCUACUGAUUCCUUCAGUUGUGGAUUCUUCAGUUCGUGAGAAAUUGCCAAUAGAACAAAAAAACGAGGUGUCUACAGAAACGAAAAGUGCAGACAAGGAGACUAUUUUUGCAUUGCAAACACCGGUUGCUGUACUUGAAGGAUCAGAUAUGAAUGUGAAAGUGAGCAUUUCAGCAGAUAUUCCACUUAAAAAUGAUAAAAAUGUUGGGGUCACACUUCUUACUGAACGUGCAAUACAAGAUGAAGAUGCAAUAUUCAAAAGUACUCAUAAAGGCAAGGAAACAGUAAUAAUUGUAGAAGAAGGCCCAAUUGAAUCAACAGCUACUCAAAGAGCAGAAAAUAUUGGCAAUUCACCAAAAACAGGGCAUACACCACAUACUACAACUCAACUUCAUGUGGGGAGAGUAAGCUCCACAGCUAGAGAAGUUCAUGGAGUGGAAAUAAUUAAAAGCAUUGUAUACGGGGGAUUAAUCGAAUCAAUUACAAGCCUUGGAGUCGUGUCAUCUGCUGCUGCUGGUGAUGCGGCCACAUUGAAUAUUUUAGCUUUGGGAUUAGCAAAUCUGAUUGGAGGACUUUUUGUAAUGGGUCACGAUCUUUGGGAACUAAAAAAAUAUCAAUCUGGAGGGGCCUCCAAUCAAGAAACAGAGCAAGUUGAUCAGUACCAGGAACUACUGGGACGGAGACAGAAUUUCUUACUUCAUGCAACUGCUGCCGUGUUAUCAUUCCUCAUUGUUGGCCUACUGCCUCCUGUCAUCUAUGGCUUCUCAUUUCGGAGGAGUGAUGAUAGAGAUCUCAAGCUUGUGGCAGUAGCAGCGGCUUCACUUCUAUGCAUCAUCCUACUUAGCAUUGGAAAGGUUUAUGUUCAGAGGCCUCCCAAGUCUUAUAUAACAACAGUAGUAUACUAUGUUAUGAUAGGGUUUGGAGUCUCGGCUGUUUCCUUUGCGGUAGGCAACCUAAUCAUGAAACUCCUAGAGAAGCUUGGUUUAUUUCAGUCCAGUUCCCUUUUAACCCUGCCACUUCUCAAGACAGAACCAGUGAAGCCAGUAUGGGCGUCCUAUUAGUGUCACCAGUGUUGGAUGCGGAUUUUUUGAUUCAGUCAUUCGAAACAAUGCUGCAGAGUCGGUGAGUGAUGUUCCCUUAUACAGGGCCCAAGCAUCAGUUCUCAGUUAAACUUAUGUCUUAUGUAUUGUGCACUUUUCUUUUUCACCUUGCUUCGGGCUAAAACUACUCUUUUUCACCAUGCGGUCUAAAACUGCUCUUUUUCACGUUACUUUGGGCUAAAACUAUCAUUUGGAGAAUAUUUCUCAAGGUGAAUAAUUAGCGAAUACGCGACCGUUUUGUAUUCUAAGUAAAUUGGAACAACUUUUUAUGUUGUAUGCUUAUGCAGAAUAAAU